UGGCCAUUUAUGCCGUUAUCCCAAGAAAAACGAACUGAACAACAACACAGUUCCAGUUGGAGCGCUGAUUCAGAGCAAUGAAUUUGGUUUCUGCGCGCACCCAAAAUCCCCUUCGAUGCGCUUCCCUUUCGAUGUUAUCCUCAUCGAUUAACCUCCCUUCCCACUUUCCCUCUCCUCUGCUUCUCAAGCCCUAUGCUCCCGAUUCCAAACUCUAUCCUGCAAAACUAGCGACUACUAAUGGCGAUGCUCGUCGCAAUUUCAGAUCGCCUGUCGUUGUCAAGGCUUCAAUAACUUCAGGGUAUGGCCCAGAGAUUGGAGAGAUUCUGGGCGAUGUUCGCAUUUUUACUGCUGCUGGUGAGCCAGUUCUGUUCAAGGACCUCUGGGAUCAGACUGAGGGAAUGGCUGUUGUUGCCCUUUUGAGGCAUUUUGGAUGCUUUUGCUGUUGGGAACUUGCUUCCACUUUAAAAGAAUCCAAAGCAAGGUUUGAUUCAUCUGGUGUUAAACUAAUAGCCGUAGGCAUUGGAACUCCGAAUAAAGCACGUAUCCUAGCUGAGCGGCUGCCUUUUCCAAUGGAUUGCCUUUAUGCUGAUCCUGAUAGAAAGGCAUAUGAUUUACUAGGUUUAUACUAUGGCUUUGGUCGUACAUUCUUUAAUCCAGCUAGUACGAAGGUAUUUUCCAAGUCGAGGUUUUCGACCCUGCGAGAAGCCAUGAAAAACUAUACUCUUGAAGCUACCCCAGACGAUAGAAGCAGCGUAUUACAACAGGGAGGGAUGCUUGUUUUCAAAGGAAAACAACUGUUGUAUGCUCGAAAAGAUGAAGGUACCGGGGACCAUGCUCCGUUAGAUGAAAUCUACGACGUCUGUUGUCGAGUCCCGACCUGAAUCUUCACUCAUAACGUGUGGAUAUUUGAUUGGAUUCGAUGCACAAUACUACUCUACUCACAGUUCACGUGUGCGCACAUGAAUUUACAAGGUGGGUUCGUGUAUGUACCUCUUAGGUCUGACUAUGGGAUAGCGCAUGCUCACGCGUUAGAAGUCAAUGAAAAGGAGAGCUUAUAAUAUUGUGGUAUACAUCUUCGUAUGUAACAUACAAAAUAAGUAAUUCAUGUUUGUGACAUGAUGCAUGAGGUGCUGUAUUUAAAAUCAUGGUAAAGUAAAAUGACGCAUAUAUUACUUCCA